CCUGGGGGCGGGGCCUCGGGCAGGAAGCGCGGGAGCGGAUCCCAGCGCCACCUUCCUGGUCCUGUUCCGUCCCCUCCGGGAUCCUGAGCCGCUUGCCGACCCCAGCCAUCCCCCUGGAGACCCCCAGCCCUGCCUCUGCCCGCCUUCCUGGCACGCUGAGACAUGCCCGGGCCACCAGGCAUCAGAUGGAGGCCCAGGGGGAGGAGGAGGAGAAAGAAGAUGCAGAGGAAGAUGCUGAAGACACAGCCGCCUCCCUUCUGGCCAGCGACCGACUAAACCUGGACCUCUACCCCGGGGGCUGUGAUCUCCUGCUGCACCUUCUCCAAGACCCUGGCUCGCCCCUGCGGCACAUUCAGUUCCUUCGGCUGAACUGCAACGAGGAGCAGGUUGGGGCUGCCCUGGCCGUCCUUCCCAGCCUCCGGUCCCUGCGCUCCCUGGUCCUCAGAGGUGGGCACCACCGUGAUGAUCGGGGUUCGUGCCUUCGGGGCUCCCUGACCACGCUGCCCCUCUGCCUGAGAGACCUGGGCCACCUCGUCCAUCUGGAUCUAAGCUUCAACAGCCUUAGGGUGCUGCCGGCCUGUGUCCCCCAGAUGACCAGUCUGGACGCCCUCCUGCUCAGCCACAACCUCCUGGAGAGGCUGCCCGAGGCCCUGGGUGCCCUGCGGGCCCUCACCUUCCUCUCAGCCUCCAGCAACUGCCUGCAGGAGUUACCACUGGGCAUGGCCACUCUGACUGCCCUGCAGCGGCUGGACCUUUCCGAGAACCGCCUGGAGGCGGUGCCGGAAGAGAUUGGGGCUCUGAGCAGCCUCACCGAGCUCAACCUGGCCUCCAACCACCUCCGGAGCCUCCCCGACUCCCUGGCCAGCCUCCAGUCCCUGCGCCUUCUGCUUCUGCCCAGCAAUCUCCUGGUCUCCAUCCCUCCCGGCCUGGCCUGCCUCCCGCUCCUCACCCGGCUUGACCUGAGGGACAACAGGCUUCGGGCCGUGCCCCGCGAGAUCCGGGAGGCCCCCUUCGUGCGGCUGCAGGGGAACCCUUUGGGGGUGCCUGAGCCCCUCCCUGCAGCGCCCCCAGGAGAAGACCCAGCCCCCAAAGUGCGCAGAGUCCUAUUGGCCUCGGAUGCAGACAGUUUCACAGUGACCGCCCGUGGCUGCUCCGUGGCCCUGGCCUGUGGGGUUCGCAUGCUCUUUCCCCCGGGUGCCACCAGCGCCCCUACCACCGUCCACUACCAGCAGCUGCCCCCGGAGCCUCGCCUCGUCUGGCUGGGCCCCCAUGAUGCCCUGCUCAGUGCCGUCCUGGAGCUCCAGCCCCACGGAACCCCCUUCCGACAGGAAGUACGCCUCUGGCUGCCUUUUGUGCCCCCUCGCGCCUGGCAUGGCUACCAAGUUGUGGUGAGGACCCUGAGCGGCCACACCUGGAAGGACCUGGAGACACACUUGGAGGAAAAAGAAAAGCCCAAGCGGCUCUGGGCCAGCUGCCGAGUUCCUCACUUUUCCUGGUUCCUGGUGGUGUCCCGUCCGGUGGAGGACAGCUGCUUUGUGCCUCGGGAGGGGGCGCUUCUCUGCUCCUCAGGUGACCCCGGGAUCAAGGUCAUCUUCCCAGCCGGGGUCACCACUGAGCCUCGGCACGUCCGCAUGCAGGUGGUGAGGGUGUCAGGCUGGGCUCUGGGCGCAGAUAGCGAGGCUGCGGUCAGCCCCCUGCUCUGCUUGUCCCAGGACAGCCCCCAGGACUUCCUCUGUCCUGUCACUGUCCAGCUGCCCCUGCCCCCAGGCCUCACAGGCCUGAGCCUGGACCGUACCCAUUUGCACCUGCUCCACGGGGAUCCUCAGGUGCUGGCGUGGGACGACAUCACAGCCCAUGUAGCUCUGGAGCUCACACACCUAUAUGCCCGUUUCCAGGUCACACACUUUUCCUGGUACUGGCUCUGGUACACCACCAAGAGCUGCGUGGAGGGCCUGGCCCGCAAGGUCUACAAUCGCCUACGUCUGUACCGCGUGAACUUCAUUGCCCUGCAGAGGCGGCGCGACCCAGAGCAGGUGCUGCUGCAAUGCCUGCCUGGAAAGAAGGUGGAGCCCACCCUGAAGAGGCUGCAGCCGAGGUACCGCGGCCCCGAGCCCUCCGACACCGUGGAGCUGUUUGAGGGCGAGCAGUUCUUUGCCGCCUUUGAACGCGGGAUUGACAUUGAUGCUGGUUCCCAGCGGACUUCCUUCCGCUUGCCAGCUCCUGUGCCAGACGACGUCUUGGCAAGGCAGGAGGGAGAACCCAAGCCACAGAUCUCCAGAACCUUCCACUCUCCUGGAAGCCAGGCUCAGGAAAUGCAUGCAGCAUCGUGGUUUUCAGCCUGGCAUGAUCGCCCAGACUGUGUGGCAGGAAGAAUUGCCUUUGUCUUCUACUCCCGCCUAAAAAAUAUGAAGGAGAUUUACGUGACAUCCACCGUGGACAGGAAGACUCAGGCAGUGAAGGGACAGGUGUCCUUUUACCGAGGGGCAGUGCCCGAGGCUGUUCCCGAGGAGGCUGUCCAGAGGCGGAAGGGCCCAGAUGCCCUGUGGCUUGCCACGCUGCCCAUCAAGCUGCCUAGGCUACCCCAGGGGGAAGGGCAGGGUCCCCUGGAUGGGCUGACCCUGGCCUCCCUGAACCUGGGUGACCCUGAGAGUGGCUUCCUGACCCAGAGCAACCUUCUGACAGUGGCCAGUAGGCUUGGUCCAGACUGGCAAAGCGUGGCCCUGCACCUGGGCCUCUCCUACCCAGAGGUGCAACGCAUCCAGUAUUUGUACAGGGAUGACCUGGAUGGGCAGAUCCGCCACAUGCUGUUCUCCUGGGCUGAACGCCAGGCUGGGCAGCCGGGCAGCGUCCAGCAGCUGCUUGAGGCUCUAGAGCGGAGCGAUCGCCAGGACGUGGCGGAAGAGAUCCAGGCCAUCCUGGAGUUGGGCCGAAACAAGUAUCAAGCAUCCAUCCGUCGAGUGGGCCUGGCCUCUGAGGAAGAGCCCGCUGGUGCCACCGCCUAGGGCUCCCAGGAGCUGCUGCAGAAGGGAGCGAGGGCCUCAGCACUCCACGGAGAUCACUACCCCCACAUGCAGAGCUUGUGGGGAAAGAGCUUCCUGCUCUGCUCCAGCCCCAUUUCCUCGCCAGUAACGGGGGCCCAGGGACCAGACAGAGAGAGGCUUCCUUCUGCCAGACUCACUCGGUCGCUGAAUGGACACGGCAGGACAGAGGGACCCUGCUGGCUGCUGUUACUACUCUUCAGUACUGGUGGGAGAAUGGUCACCCAGUAAACAAACUGGAUCUGGGGGGGGGGGGUGUUACCCCUGUGACAGCCAGCCAGCCUCCUGCUUCUGCAAAUUCUUGGAAGAUGUAUGUCAUAUAAUCUCAAUGGGGCCCUCAUUGCUCCUGGGCGCUCUUUUUCCACCCUGGAUUCACUCACUAUCCCAGAACUCAUGGCAUCUCUUCCAGAAAAAAUGGAGGCCAUUUGCUGAGAGCUCCCUGUUCUCAUCCUCUUCCUCCUUCUCGUCUCACAUCACCCAGAUGUCUUCUUACACCAACAGGCAGGCCUUCCACAUGCACAGACAAUUCCAUUCCAUCCAGCAGAUUGCCAUCUUGUCAUUCCACACUCUCUCACUAAUCUUUGAUCUCUCCCAGUCUCCUGGCCACUUCCCUUCCAUCUACAAACAUGCCCAUAUCUCCCACACUCUCACAUCUGACAGCUUCUUCUCAGUCUCUUUCUCUGGCUCUUCGUUAACUGUGGGUGUCCCACAGUUCUCAUCUGAUCCUCUUCUCCUGCCCAGGGAGAACUGUGGCCAGUGCUUUGCCAACCUCUGUGAAUGUAAAGUCUGGACUUAGCGAUCUCUUCAGCUCCCCUGGAUUCAAUGAUCACCUCUGCUAUGAAGAUUCUCAUUCUCAGA